AUGCGUUUACAUCAUGAAACAUUUUCACCUUUUAAUAAAGAUCAUAAGUUUUUAUCAAUUUUAAGUAUUAUUUCUCGUUCAUAUGUUUUAUCAUCAUUAGAAGCUGAUUUACAAGAAAUUCAACAAAAAAUUAGUCAUAGAAUUGAUUUUGAUACAUUUUUUAAAGUAGCACAAAAUUUUAAAAGUAAAUAAUAAAGAAACAGAAGAUGAUAUACAUGAAACAUGUUAUAUAUUUGAUAAAUAUGGCAUUGUUUGUGUUGGUGUUACUGAAUUGAAGUAUCCUAUGAUUUCAUUGAAUGAAUAACUUACAGAAGAAGAAGACGAAGUUGAUGAGUUAACACGUAAACCUCAUACUGAUACUGAUGAACAGUUUGUAUCUAACUAGCUAGAAGUCAUUUUUUUGAAUAAUUUCAUUCAUUUUUUCUCUUUCCAUUUAGAUGCAACUAUGACGAUCUUGUAUGUAUUUUAACAAAUAAACGACACUAAAACGUGAUCGAUUUUUUGUCAAUAAUAAAAUGAACAAAAUAAUAUACAUACUGUCUCAUAAUAAGUACAAUUACUUUUCUGUGUAGUCUCUAUAAUUCAUGCAUUUCUCUUUUUUUCCUUUUAUGUUCUCUUUUAGCUAUGCCUAUGGUUCGACAUACUUCUUUCGUCAUUUCGCUUUUUUUCUUUAAUCUCUUUACCUCUUAUUAUUGCUUCAGUUUCUUUAAAUAUAAACUUACAUAUGAAUGAUAAAAAAGAAAAAUUCCUUUUUUUGUUUGUUUUACCUUCAUUGAUUUUUAUAUGAAUGAAGAAAUAGUUAAAUUAUUUUAUCAUCAUAGUAUUUAAUUGUUCGAUAAUUAUUUGAUGAUGCUACAAGGAAAAAAACAACGAAAUCCCAUACAUUUAUUUUAUUUUACGUCUUUUCAUAUUUAAUUCAAUUUUUUUUAUUUAUUCCAUUGAGUGAUUUAUUGUAAUACAUUUUCAUCAUGAUAUAGCUAUAUAAUAAACGAUAAAAUAAAACAUGAUAACGUUGUUAUAGUUUCUUUGUCAUAGUAUAGGGGGCUAGUAUUAAACUCCAUACUUAUUUUACUGCUAAGUAGAUA